AUGGGCUCAGGAGUAGAGCCUCAACAGGCAGAGAAGAGGUUUAUCAGCUCUAGUUUACAAUGGGCUAAAAGGAGGCCCAGAGGAGCCUGGAGACUGGAACUUGGGGCCCUUGCCUCUAUCCAGGGUGCUUUCCAUGGCAUUGUUCUGCUGGCCUCCUGGGCAUCAUCUGCCAGCUGCCAUGCCAUGUACUGUCAAGCUCUGGCCUCAGCCCUGGGUGCUGCAUUUGAGGGCCCCAUUUCCCCGAGAAGCUGGGACUGCCUCAUGGCAGGAACAAUGGCAGAUGCGGUUGUUCCCCUGCCCUUGGACUCCACUGGAUUGGUGUCAUCAAAGGUAGUCUUUGCUGCCAAAGCUCAGGAAGGGCUGGUGGUGGGUGGGUCUGCUGCCCGUGCCAUGAUGGGGGGAGGUUUCUGCAGCCAGAGUCUCCAUGGCCUUGGGGGGAAGAAGACGAUCCCUAUCAGUGUGGCUGGAGGUGGCACCUGGGCUGGUGGGUUCAGCGGGGCUGGUGGGUUCGGGGGGCCUGGUGGGGGAUGUUUUGGAGGCAGUGGUUUUGGAGGUGGUGGAAGAGGGAUGGGUGGAAGCUUUGGUGGAAGAGCUGGGGGCUUUGGUGGAGGAAUUGGAGGCUUCAGAGGAGGAGCCAGGGGUUUCUGCAGAGGAGCUGGUGGCUUUGGUGGUUCUGGAAGCUUUGGUGGUCCUGGUGGCUUUGGUGGCCUCCGUGACCUCAGUGAUCUGGGUGGCUUCCUGGGUGGAAUCCAGGAAGUGACUGUCAACCAGAGCCUUCUUCAGCCCCUCCAGGAGACUGACCUUAAGUUUGGGCAAGUAAAGGCCCAGAAGCGGGAGCAGAUCAAGACCCUCAACAAGUUUGCCUCCUUCAUUGACAGGUAUGAAGAUGAGGUCAGCAAGUGCACAGCUGCAGAGAAUGACUUUGUGGUCCUGAAGAAGGAUGUCGAUGCUGCCCACAUGACCAAAGUGGAGCUGGAGGCCAACGUGGAGAGGAUGAUAGGCGAGAUGAACUUCCUGAAAGCCCUCUACAAUGCGGAGCUGUCCCAGAUGCAGUCAGACACCAGCGACACAUCUGUGGUUCUUUCCAUGGACAACAACCGCUGCCUGGACCUGGACAGUAUCAUUGCCAAGGUCUGCACCCAGUAUGAGGAGAUUGCCCAGAGGAGCUAGGCCGAGGCCGAGGCCCUGUACCAGACCAAGUUGGGGGAGCAGCAGACCAUGGCCAGCAGGCAUGGGGAUGACCUGAGGAACACCAAGAAUGAGAUCAUGGAGCUCAACAGGAUGACCCAGAGGCUUUGGGUGGAGAUCGAGAGCAUCAAGAAGCAGAACGCCAAGCUGCAGACGACCAUCGCUGAUGCAGAGCAGCGCUAGGAGGUGGCCCUCAAGGACACCAAUGCCAAGCUUCAGGACAUCAAGUCUGGACUGCAGCAGGCCAAAGAGGACGUGGCCCUGCUGCUUUGUGCGUACCAGGCGCUGAUGAAUGCCAAGCUGGCCCUGGACGUGGAGAUCGCCACCUACCGGACCCUCCUGGAGGGCGAGGAAUGCAGGGUGUCUGGGAGGUGCCAGAGUUCCGUGAGCCUCGCUGAGUACUGGGUUCUUUCUCCGGGAAGGGGCUGGAGGCCUCGGAAUGCAGUUUCUCAAGCCAUGUGCCAGCGCUGGUGCGAGGCCAUCCGGCCUGCAGGCUGGAAGAGCUGUUGGUGGCUGUUUUGGAGGAACCAACCUCCCCUCCCCUCCUUGAAGCCUGUCCUCCCCACGCCUUGCCGGAUCUCGGCGGGGCGUCACCCCGGGGAAGACCUGCGGCUCGGGACUAGACGGGCCACAGCAGCACUGGCGGCGGCUGCGCCCUGGGAGGAGGAGUCGGAGCCCGGGCCGGCGGCAGUAGCCGGGGCCGCAGCGGCUGGGUCUUGGGCGGGAGCUCCGCGGUGCUCAGGGGGCUUCUGUGGCUCCGGGACUCCUGCGCCGUCAGCCGGGGUGGCGGCGGCGGCAGCAGCAGCGCGGCCAGAGUCUCACAAAGCUCCUCCUAGAGCUGGCGGUCCCGCCACAAAUUCUGAACCCCGCGCGAGGGGCGUCCUCGGACCCCAGUCCCCUUCGCCCUCCGGCACGCCCCGCUCUGAGCUGCCUCGCACCCCCGCGGGGCCCCUUCCCUCCGCUGCUUCUGACCUGUGCCCCGGAGCCCCACCUUCCCAGACCGCUGGCAUCGCAGCAGCCCGAAAGUUGCCGCGAAGGAUGAGUAGGCGGUAA